AGCGUCCUGCUGCUGCCUCUCAACCGAAUGGGAUUCCAUGUUGUCUGCAGAUAGACUUAACUUUAUAAAGUUUUUUUUAUUUCUUUUUUUUUCAUUGCGAUUAAAAUAUAUUUGCCAUCAUCAUUAUUAUUUUGCCUGCUGUCAAGUUAUUCUAAAAUUAGGAAGUAAUGAGCGUGGAUGCUUUGGGAAGCCCCGUGAUGGACCCUGCGUUUUCCAAACGGAACACGGCGCUGAGAUUAGUUGACUUGGCAGGGGCUCACCACCAUCACCAUCAUCACCACCAUACCCCUCAGAGCGUGACAGGCUUCCCGGGGUUCGGCAGCCAUCCACACUCAAUGGCUCACUCGCACCCUGGGGAGAUUACUGCGGAACCCCGCCUGGGGCCGAGUCCAUUCGGGCCAGAACACAUGGGGCACUCCGCGGCCCUCAAAAUCAGCCCAGCCCAUCAUUAUCCCCACCACCAUCACCACCACCACAAUCAUCAUAUGGCAGGCCACAGUGAAGUGGUCUCCAGUCAAACGGGAGCUUUUGGCCCGAUUCAGCCGACGUCGGUCCCCUAUCCUAUGCCCCACACAGCCCAGGCUCUAUCCGCAGGUAGGGAUUUCCUCAUCCGGAGAGAUCUGACGGCUCAAACCAUGCCCGUACUGACUGAACAGACAGCUGGUUCAGCCUCUCACCACGGAAUGUUUGUCUCAACAACAGGUAGCUAUCCCGGACACUAUGGUCAGCACCCUGACGCAGGGAACCACACCACCCUCUUCUCCGGACUCCACCACGAGCAAUCUUCCAGCGGAUCACCGGGUGGCCAGGCGCUGAAUGGACAAAUAAGGUUAGGACUACCUGGAGAAAUGUACGUUCGGUCUGAUCACUUGAGUCAAGUAGCAAGCUCCAGGGCUGAUCCCUUCUCCGCCUCGCCUCUGCACGGCUACGGCGGUCUGAAUCUAAACAUGAAUCUCGGCGCUCACCACCACCAUCCCCAUCACCCCCACCACCACCACCACCACGGAGGACCCGGGGCUUUUUUCCGCUACAUGAGGCAGCCGAUAAAGCAAGAGCUGAUUUGCAAAUGGCUGGAGCCGGAGCACUCUCCCAAGAAACUCUGCUCCAAAACUUACAGCACAAUGCACGAACUCGUUACGCAUGUGACGGUGGAGCACGUCGGAGGACCGGAGCAGGCAAACCACAUAUGCUUUUGGGAAGAGUGUCCCAGGGAAGGCAAGCCCUUUAAGGCGAAGUACAAGCUGGUGAAUCACAUUCGAGUGCACACAGGGGAGAAACCAUUUCCAUGCCCCUUCCCUGGCUGCGGGAAAGUGUUUGCAAGAUCCGAAAAUUUAAAAAUCCAUAAAAGGACGCACACUGGUGAGAAACCCUUCAAGUGUGAGUUCGACGGGUGCGACCGACGUUUCGCCAAUAGUAGUGACCGGAAGAAGCACUCCCACGUGCACACCAGCGACAAGCCCUACAACUGCAAAGUUCGGGGCUGCGAUAAGUCCUACACGCACCCCAGCUCCUUGCGGAAGCACAUGAAGGUGCACUGCAAGUCCCCCCCGCCCAGCUCUGGCUAUGAGUCGUCAACUCCAUCUCUGGUGUCACCUUCUUCGGACUUGGGGCGGGAGCCAUCCGGGGGCCCUUCGGUGUUGUCGGAGCCGCCGGCGGGGGCCUCUCAGCAACAACAGCCAGCGAAUUUAAGCGAGUGGUACGUGUGCCACAGCUCAGGUGCGAGCGGUGGGCAGACACCACCCAGCGGCCACUCCACGCCAGACCCAUCUGAGGAGCUUCCUUACAGGAACCCCCAAACCAGGGACGCGUUCUGAUUUCGAUCCCCUCAUAUAUUUUCAAAAAUGAUUGGGUGCCUGUUAGGGCCCUCUGGUCCAUAUUUUUUUGUUUCCUUUUUUUGUUUUGGAAUAGCCACCGAAACAGACAUUCUGAGCCACUUAACUGAAACUGGGAACCCCUUCUGACGCGCUUUCUAUUAAAAGACAAAUAUUUUUUAUUAUAAAUAUUUUUUAAGCUAUCCAAAACGGCUCGGUGCUUCUUCUGCGAGUUGUGUAAAUCACGUAGAAAAAAAAAAUGUGGUACAUUCUUGUAUGCUGCAGGCAUGAUGGUGUGCAACUUUUUUUGCAAAAAAAAAUAUAUAAAUAUAAUUUCUGCCUUCAGUAUGUUUUUUUUAUUUAUUUUCAAUCGGACAUGGUAAUAUUUUGUACGAUCGAACCAAAGUGCAUGUUUAAAAACCGGAGCAAGUUGUACAUUUGUAAAUUUUGUACACGUUAAAUGUGUUUGGAUGUUGGUUGGUUUUUGUAAGGAGCAGUUUACAUCUUUUUUAAAAUAUUGUUUUGUUUAUUUUUUCUAUGGAUUUGUGCAAAAAGGAAAAGAUUUCAUCUUUUUUUUCAUAAGCUUAUAGUAUUUCGUACAUGACGUCAAUUGUAAAUGUUUUAUCAAAGUUAAAAUAACAAACGGUGAUUUUUGUAUCAUUGUCAGUGGGUUUUUGUUUCGUCUUAAAUCAAGCACUAAAUGCGUACCAAACUGCCUUGUAUUUCGUGAGUAUUUCGAAUAAAUCUUGUAUGAAAGUAAA